CGGGCUGAUGCAAAGCCUGGACCAGACCAGACUGCUCCAGAGAAAAUAAGCGGAAGCAUGAGUUGUUUUUAACCCAAAAGUGGCGGAUUUCGACAACUAUGCAGAGUUUCCUCAGCUGAUCAGUUGGAUCUUUGGUUGAAUGGACAUUUUUAUGAGUCUUCAGGAAUGUUUCAGAUUUUCAGCACUGGACUCCACCUGCAGCCAUGGCUUUGUUGAGUAACACGUUCCCUCCAUAUCUGGCCUUGCCGCUGUCGUUUGACGAUAAAGGAACAGAGCCAGCCGUCUGCCGGAAGUUUUAUUUAUAAUUAUGGUGUAGCACCACCCACACGCCGGGAGGAUGAUGGCAUCUGUGGUCUCCAUUGGCAACAGGGGCCGGGCCCUAAACCUUAAGGGUGUGGAUCCUGAGACAUGCAUGAUUGUCUUUAAAAACCACUGGGCACAGGUUUUGCGGAUCCUGGAAAAGCAUGACCCCACACGGACCAAUGGUGGUGUUGGCCUGCCGGCCUGCCGCCUGGGCCCAAUCCCUGGUGAUGAGGCAAGUGCUGUGCAGAAUUAUGUGGAGCACAUGCUCUUCCUUCUGAUGGAGGAGGAGUGCGGCGUAGGCGGAGCCAUGGGCCCCAUCCUGGAGUUUGUGGUGGUGGAGAACGUGAUGGAGAAGCUGUUCCUGUGGAGUCUGAGGCGUGAGUUCACCGACGACAUGAAGCUGGAGCAGCUGCGCAUGUACGAGAUGCUGGUGGGCCAAGCGCGGCAGCCUCUAUUGCACCACAAGCCCAUUCUCAGACCCCUCAUGAUGCUGCUGUCUGCUUGCUCCAGCCCCUGCGCCGUGGGGCCCUCUUGCGCUCUGGGGCCCAGUAGAACCUCCACGACAGGGCCCACAGGCUCAGCGGUGGAGGCAGAACUGGUGCGACUGCUGCACCAGCUGUGCCUCGUGCUGGCGCGGGACGCCUCUGUAUUGGAGCUUUUCUUCCACAGCAGUCAGGACCAGGGAGCCGCCAACUUCCUGCUCUUCUCACUGCUGGUGCCCUUCGUCCACCGGGAUGGGCCAGUAGGUGCGCAGGCCAGGGACGCACUCACACUCAUCAUGGCACUGUCGGCGCGCAACGCCGUCGUGGCUGAUCACAUCGCCCAGAACACCUACUUCUGCCCGGUGUUGGCUACAGGGCUGAGUGGUCUAUAUUCCUGGCUCCCUGCUAAGUUAGAGGUGUACAGUGAAGGAUGGCACUGUUUAGAGCAGGCGGACUGGAUGCAGGUUCCUGCGCUCAUUCAGUUCCUCAAUUCUCUACACUUCUGCAGCACUGUGUGCAAGGUUGCCCACUCCUCUAUCAGAGAUCAGCUGCUUGGUUACAUUUACAACGGUUUCCUUGUGCCAGUCUUGGCUCCUGCGUUACAUAAGCUGACUUUGGAGGAAGUGAUGACGACGACUGCGUAUCUAGAGCUGUUUUUGCGCAGCAUCUCUGACACGGCCCUCCUCCAGACCUUCCUCAUCUUCAUCCUCAGACAUCGCCAUGACAACGUAAAUAUCCUUGAUACACUGGUCAGCAGAAUCAACACUCCCUUUCAGUUGGGUACAGUUUCUCUGGCUCUGUUCCGCACUCUGAUUAGUCUGUACUGUGAGGACGUUAUGCUGCAGCUUAUUCUCAGGUAUCUGAUUCCAUGCACUCACCUGCUGUGCAGUGAACGGCGCAGACUGAGAGAGAGAGACUGCUACUCCUCCAGUGCUUCUGCAUUCCUCUCUCUUACUCCCUCCUUCUUCAUCCCCAAACCCUGCUCCUCACCAACGCAGCCCCCUAAACCAGACUACAUCCUCUGGUCCAAGGUCACUGAGGGUCUGCUGAAGGGGAACAUGGGACUUGAAGACCUUUUCUCAGGUGGGGACAGUGGGGGGCACUCACGUUUGAUGAACUCAGAACCCUUGAUGGACAAGAACUACCUCCAGUACCUGAACGAUGCACGCAGCAUCAUCAGCACCAGUGUCCAGGCAUGUCAGGCAUGGUCUGCACCUUAUGAUGGACUUAACCCCACGCCUGACGAGUACUGGGCGGAGGAGGAGUUGGGCGAGCAAGGGGAGGAGAGAGGAAAAGAUGAAGAACAGGAUCCACCUCUCAACACUCCUCCUCCCCAGCCUCCUACCCCACAACCCCCCUCUGAAACCAGUUCGACCUGUGAGCGAGAGCGGGGUGGGACUCUGCUGGAGCUAGAAUGGGAUGAUAGUUAUGAUGCUGCUCCAGAUGGAGAGGGCAACCAGCAGAUAUCUGAGAACUCCCAUAUUCCAGACGAGCCCCCAAAACACAUUCAAGAGAUGCGGAAAAGUGCUAUCAUGCUAAUCCGGGGGUCCUACAUUGAGGAGUCGGAUUUCCAAGACGACGUCUUGGUUUAUAAUCUCAUUGCGCAGAAAGAUACGAAAGAUGACCGCAGGACAUGCUUGAAAAAUGCACAACGGAGUCCAAAUCACAUCCAUUCACGCAGCCACACGCAAAACGAAGUGAACAAUAAAAUCCAGCUUAACACAUAUAGCACACAGAAUCAUAUACACAUUAAUAUACAAAAGCAAAUGCACAAUAACAUAUUGAACAAUACGCGCAAUAUCCUAAACAAUCCAAAACCAGGCCUUGAGAGUUCUUUGGUGUCUAGCAAUAAUAGAAAGAACCAGGAACCAGAGGAAUCUUUAAAGAUAUUAAAUGGCCAUAUUGCCAAGGAAGAGGUUGAGUGUUGGAAUGAUAAACUUGCUUUGCAAGAGCAGGAUCCAUCCAAGAUCCAAGAGCAGGACUUUAUUUCCCAGUGUCUACAGCUUAUCCGUACUUUGGGAGGUGAUGAAGAGAGCAUAGUAGAAGACGAAGAUCACUUUCAGCGGCUAACUGGACUCCUGCAUGACGAAGAAGAGGAACUGGACUUCAGUUCAUUUGGUAAUGAUGAUUAUGAAGAUGAUGAAGAGAGGAAUGAAGGACUGGAGCACAAGGACAGUGAUGGGAGGAAACAUGGCAUCCCAUUUACAGGUCCCUUCAUCAGUGUGUUGCUGUCCCGUCUGGAGAACAUGCUGGAGAACUCUGUGGAGGUGAACCUGCUCGUGACAGGGAUUCUGGCACAGAUGGCGUCGUAUCCACAGCCCCUGCUGCGCUGCUUCCUCCUCAGCACACGGCCUGUGUUCCAGCCCAGCGUCCGCUCGCUAUACCAGGUGCUGGUGUCUGUAGGUUGCCAGAUUGAGCAGUAUGUAGCAUCUAGACCUGAGUUUGCUCAGAUGGUGAGAGAUUCUGCUCAGUACCUGCUACUCAAAGACGAAGCCCUGAAAGACAGAGAGCGUGAUAUCCUGCAGGAGAAUGGGGUUGGCUGGUUUUUGAAUGGACACGUCCCAGGACGGCUGCUGAAGUCUCUCCCGCCCUGUCCCAAGAUUCCGCCUCAGUCCAAGAAUAGAGUGUUUGCCAUGUUCCUCUAUGCAGAGUUCCUCAAAGAGCUGGCAGCCAUUGCACAAGAACACUCAAUACUCCCUGACCUACCCACAGAGGAGUAGAACCUCCAGUAAACAUAUCUACAGAUGCACUUUCCAUAUAUCAGUAUGUCAACACAAUUUCACAGCCUCAGUACAAUUUACAUUGAAGUAUGACCUUUUAGCAACAUUCAAAUGCAAGUGUGUGUAUCAUUAAAUGCGUAUUUCUUAAAUUUUCCUCACGCCAGCCAAUUAAAGCCAUCCAGUUGGUUGGGGUUUUUUUUUGUGUAUUUCUUUGUAGAUAUUGUUAAUUUCACUUUUUCUGGUCCUUAUAAUCCUUUUAUUUUUUCUGAAUUAUGGGUAUUCCUACAUUAUACGCAAAAUGUAGCACCAGGAGCAUCUUUGCCCACUCAAUUAAAGCUGCAGAUUAAGGGCCUUAUUUACUAAAGCUGCUUGCAUGCACAGACUGGUUUGUUCCUAAAAUGUGAUUAAAAUGUUUAAUGUUUGCGCCUGAGAGCACCUGGUUGGUUCAUUCUAGUGAUAUAUGAAAUAACUGAUUACAAGCACUAAAGCACUGAAAACCUUAAUAAAUAUGGCCCUAAGAACCUAAAAGAACUCAACUGGAAUUUGUUUUGCUGAUGUUUGUUCUAGGGGUGGUCAUCAAGGUGGGUGGGGGCUGAGAACGAAUGACAAAUCAUGACCUGCAAUGCAUCUGGUGGUUCUCUACACUGAAGCAAUAUGAGAUUAGAUAUACCUCAUCUCUAAUUGGUUGCUUUGAUUUUUUUCAACAUCGUUUUUUCCAUGUGUAUUUGUAAAUGCGUUUGAAGGUUGACAUGUACAUGCACGUUUUCUUUUUUGAUAAGUUUUCUGAUGUUCUUUAUAUUUUGCAUAGUAAACCAGACUAAAUGAACCUGAUGCUGCCAUUUGUACAGCUCUGUGUUAAACAUGUGUGGCUGUUCAUUAAACUCUUUACAUUCUGAAAGCCUUGACCAGUCAAA